AUGCCUCUUACAGAGCGCGACCCAAACAUCAGCGGUCGCAGCAGCCGGGCGUCCAACAUGUCCGCCGCCUCCAAGGGCAUGCACAUGGGCAACCCGCCUCGAUCUGACGGGUUUCCUGCUGGACCUGGCGUCAUGAGUAUGCUGAAGACCUCUACCGAACUCGGUGAUCUCGGCGGCCUGACGUUCAACUCAUCCCGUCUGCCUGCUGGUAUGCCUCGAGCAACUCAACGCCGCAGUGGAGGUCGACUAUCCGUCAGCUCGGCUCAUUCUCAGAACUCCAGAUCUGGCUCCUUGCACCAGCAAUGGCCUCCAACAUCCUCGUCAGGACAACCCCGAGGCUCCAUGACGAACACUCUCAAUCUUUCUGUGGGCUAUCAGGACCUCAGAGGCUCGGCAAACAUGAACUUGCCCGGUGUCCUAGCACUGCCUCCGGCAGCGCGGCUACCUGUCGAUGGACGAUCUUUCUCCAUGACGCAUACUGCUCACCCGCCAUACGCACUUCCGAGUCAGCGAUCGUACUCAAGCCUGAGGCAUCAUGAACCUCUCCAGCGCCCGCGAUCACCAUACCACUACCCAACUCGCCUCAAGCGCCCUGGCUAUCGUCCAUCCUCUCCAGCGUUGAGUGACAUGUCUGGUAGAAGGUCACAAGGGGCAGGGCCGAACGCGAGGCUUAGGGGCGGUCGAAACCAUCAGGCCAUGGCUAGCGGAGGUUAUCUCCCCUACCCUCAGAUUCGCAAUCGGUCGGACACCGCUGUCCAUGCGAUGUACGCUCAGGAGCAAGACCGUCACCCGUUGCAACAGACUCGCGUCCGUUCGGCCUCUGCGCUCCGGGUUCCUCAGUCCGCCCCAGCAAGCAUCUACCAUUCAGAUGAGUCUUCGGAUCCUCCUUCAUCAUCACCUCCCACACCCAAGGACGGUUACUCCAUGGAGGUGUGUUUCAGCCCGACAACAACUCAAGUAGUGGGUGGAGGCCCAGGAUCCAAGGGCGGCGACUCGCCCGUCAUGCCGCUUUACUACGACUACAGCGAGCACUAUGUCGACAAGGAAACAGGCCAGAGGCAACCCGAAUCACCCGUGCCAGUGGGCUUCGUCCACCGCAUCAAGGCAUUAUUAGAAGAAAAGUCGGUACCAGACUUGGCCGCCGCUCACCCUGCUGCCACUCAUGACAUCAUCCACGAGCUCCCUGGGUCAGAGCCUGCUGUCGUUCAUCCGGAGCCUGUCGAGCUCCCUGCAUCACCCGUCGCGAAGAGGAUCACCCGCGAAAUGGUCUUGGCGGCACUCACGCCAUCCUCACAGCGCAACAGUGACCAGACCAUCGCACCUCUGAAGACCGACGAAGAGGCCAAGCCCGCCGAGCAUAUCAAAGCCGAGUCGUCUGUCGACUCUGAGUCUAUCUCCGAUGGGGGAGCUGCGUGUUCUUCCGCAGAUGGACUCGGCAGGAAAGGAAGCGUCAUCUCUGAUGCCACAUCGGAUAGCCUCAAUGUUUCUCCUCCGCGUCUGGCCGCCGAAGUCCUCUCAAGGAUCCCAACUUUGACAUCUACACCCGAGAAAGCAUCAGAGGAAGGUACUCAUAGUGCCAAGCGCGAGUCCACUAUUGUGUCGUCUCCGAUGCCAGGAUCCUUCCCUUCCAGCGACUCAGUUGAAGACAUGUCUUCCGUAGAGAAGAUACCGGAAGCGCCUACGAUGACACGCCUUUCACGCCCGCAGUCCGAGUUCAUGCCAUCACCCAACACCGGCUCUAGCCUGUACAGUCAGCUGUCCACCCUGCCAACCCGCACGCGACCGUCUAGCAAGCCAGGCACAACGACUAUCACUGUUACAGACUUCGCUGUCCGUUUUUCGAUGCCUUUGAACUCCAAGAACGAGUCCCUAGCCGAUCUGCCAUCGGUCGAAAGCUUCAUGGCAUCUUCUCCGCCGGCGCUAGGAGGGGCAGCACCAGUGAACGAAACUCAGAGACAUUCCGACACUGUGACAGAUGCCGCUAUCCGGUUCUCUAUGCCUAAACCCAAUGCUCAGAGGCCCAUAUUAGACUAUUCUGCUAUGGAGGUCCCCCUAACAUCACCUCCGGCAACCGUAACCGUUGCAAGCUCUUCGCCCACUGUCGUCUCACCACUACCACCAAGCAAGCAUGACACAAGCUCGAGUAGCGACUCACCUGUCUCGCCGGUAUCAUCCGGUAUGGAGAUCCAAAAUGCUGCUCGUACAAGCACCACCCACUUGUCUUGGCCUGGACACACUCCACUGGCCCGGUCAAGCGUCAUCGUCAGGGAACCGGAGUUUGCCACGAGCUCCUCUCAGGAUAGCUCCACCACCGAUUUGAGGUUCUCCACGUUCCGCUAUGCCGCCGGGCAAUUGCCAGAUCUCAAGGAAGAGCCUCACGAGGACAGCAGCAUUGCAAGCUCCAGACCACAGAGCUUCCGCUUCCCACUGCCCCGCUCUGCUCAGAAACAGGGAUCCGUGGACACGGCCAAGCUGUUCAAGGACUCCCCCAGGCCUUCAACGUUUCGGCAGUCUUCUCGUGCAUUGUUAGACUCUCGUGUUAUCCCUUCGCUCAACCUCAGCAGCAUGAACUUGAUUGAGAAACUUAAUGCUGCCUUGGAGACUAGAGGAUCUAGGUCGCUGUCUUUCGAUGCUACGCGUAGUGAUUCCUGUCAUGAUCUUUCUACGGUUCUUCCGGAGCGGCCUACCUCUGCUGGCGAAAUGAGGGCGAAAUAUCGAAGCUUCUUUGCGAGCUUGGAUGAGUUGGAUUCUGUAGCGGAGCAAGCAUCGCAGCAGGCUGGAGUCAAGGAAGAAAUCCCAGAAACGCAGAAGGCGGACAACAUCUCCACAGAGGUUGUUCCUGCCAAGCGUCCUUACUCGCCAGAUCCUGCUCUGAUCACUGAGCUCAAUCGUCUCUCUAUUCCAUCGGUUAACAAUCUCACUCAGCGGCUCUCCGAAAUACUUCCAUCCUUGAAGAGGUUCUGUGCAGAGGUUGAUGGAAUCCAUGUAGAGAACAUCGAGGACGAUGCGGAAGUUGAACGCGUUCUUGAAGAUAUCCACAAACUUGAACAGAGACCUGCCCUGAAGGACCGGCACUCGACAAUGCGCCUCCGAGCCCUUCCUGGCAACUCGGACUUGGUAGUUGUGGAAGACGACGUUUAUGAGGAGCUGACACACCAGAGAGAGAAGGAGAAGGACUUUGUCAAGGCCGCACUUGGCGAGGAGGUGACCGAAGCUACUGGUAAUCCCAAGUCCCUGUCAAGCGACACCGACGGCCAGAAGACAUCGUCAGUUAUUUCCACCAAGACGGGCGAGAACGAUAAGACUCCCCUCGCCGAACUCGAGGCACCCUGCCCCGCCGUGAUCCGCCCCCGAUCCGGGUCCGCCCUCGUUGACAAUGACAAGACGCCGCUCUCUACCGUGAAGUCCAACCUCGCCGCGCGCGCCUCCUCGCGCUCCCUCAACAGCGCAUUAUCCCGCCCCUGGAACCACGAAGCCAGCUAUCCCUGGGACGAGACCAAGGCCCCCGUCGACAUCUGCCUCCCGGCACCCGUGCACCACCGCGAUGCCGGCCGCGGGCCCUCCCGCCUCCGCCUGCGCCUCUCAAGCUCCGACAGCGCCAUCGGCUCCGACGGCGGCAAGAAACGACGCUCCGCAGCCGGCGGCGCAGACGAUACCGCGAGCACAGAAGACACCUUCAAACACACCUCGACCGUUAGAGGCAGCAAGAAAUCGCUCCUCGCCUCGCUGACAGGCAAGCCCGGGGGCCUCCACUCCUCGGGCUUCGACGCCGCCGGCCACGCCACUAGCCCUCUGCUCGAGGACAGCAGCGUGCAGACCGUGGAUCCAGGGGAUAGGUACCCCACGACUGGCCUUACCCCGCCGUCGAACUUCAACCUAGCCGAGGUCCGCAGCUUCUUCUCCGACGACAGCGAGAGGACGCAUAAUCAGCAGGCCAUGGGGACGUUCCGGAAGCGGCUCACGGGGCUGAAGCUCAAGGCUCGCACCAAAGACGCUGCGGGGGCCGGAGCGCCGCCGAAGAGUCCGCUGCCGCGCGCGCAGUCGGCUAUGGAACCUAGGGGUAUCGAUGGCGCGGAUCGCGAGUCGGGGAUUGAGGGGUUGAGAGGCGGGGUGGGGAGUGUGAAGAGCUUUGAUGGCGCGGGGGGCAUGAGCAAGAUGGAGUUCAGGGCCAGGAAGGUCGCGGAUAGGAUUAGGAACUUGUGGGUUAAGACUGGGGAGCUGUUUAGGAACAUGUCGGUCAAGAGAAGGAAGGAGAGGGAUAUGGAGCAGGCGGAGUGGGAGGGGAGUAUGUAUUCGGGUGUGUGA